CCGAGGCAGGCGUGCUUCGCGACAGAGCCGUAAAGGCGCGUGGGAUCGAAGCAUGGCGCUGUACGCGACGGCGGCGUCUGUGCUGGCAAACGUGGAGAGCCGACGGGGCUCCAUCAAGGGGCUGGUGUACGCCAGCAGCUUCCAGAACGUGAAGCAGCUGUACGCGCUGGUGUGCGAGACGCAGCGCUACUCCGCGGUGCUGGACGCCGUGAUCGCCAGCGCCGGCCUCCUCCGCGCCGAGAAGAAGCUGCGGCCGCACCUGGCCAAGGUCCUAGUGUAUGAGUUGUUGCUGGGAAGAGGCUUUAGAGGGGGCGGGGGCCGAUGGAAACCUUUGCUGGACCGGCACCAGGCAAGGCUGAAGGCGGAGUUGGCCCGGCUCAAGGUUCAGCGACGUGUGAGCCGCAACGAGGACCUGUUGCAGGUGGGAUCCAGGCCUGGCGCAGCCUCCCAGGUGCCUCGCUUUGUGCGUGUGAACACUCUCAAGACCAGCUCCGACGAUGCAAUUGAUUAUUUCAAGAGGCAAGGUUUCUCUUACCAGGGUCAGGCUUCUAGCCUCGAGGACCUACGGGCCCUCAAAGGGAAGUGCUUUCUUCUGGACCCCUUAUUGCCAGAAUUGCUGGUGUUUCCGACCCAGACAGAUCUUCAUGACCACCCACUGUACCAGGCCGGUCACCUCAUUCUACAAGACAAGGCCAGCUGUCUCCCAGCCAUGCUGCUGGCCCCACCCCCAGGCUCCCACGUCAUCGAUGCCUGUGCUGCCCCUGGCAACAAGACCAGUCACUUGGCCGCUUUUCUCAAGAACCAAGGGAGGAUCUUUGCCUUUGACCUGGAUGCUGGGCGACUGGCGUCCAUGGCUACCCUGCUGGCCCGGGCUGGAGUCUCAUGCUGUGAGCUGGCUCAGGAAGACUUCCUGGCAGUCUCACCCUCUGACCAGCGCUACCGUCAAGUCCAGUAUAUCUUACUGGAUCCUUCUUGUAGUGGCUCAGGAAUGCCAACCAGACAGCUGGAGGAGCCCGGGGCAGGCACUCCUAGCAAAGCACGCCUGCAGGCCCUAGCCGGGUUCCAGCAGCGAGCACUGCGCCACGCGCUCACCUUCCCCUCCCUGCAGCGUCUGGUGUACUCCACAUGUUCCCUCUGCCAAGAGGAGAAUGAAGAUGUGGUGCAGGAUGCCCUGCAGCAGAACCCAGGGACCUUCAGGCUGGCUCCCGUCCUACCCUCCUGGCCCCACCGAGGCCUCAGCAGUUUCCCAGGGGCUGAACACUGCCUCCGGGCCUCCCCCGAGACCACGCUCACUGGUGGCUUCUUUGUUGCGGUACUGGAACGGGUAGAGGUUCCAAGCUCAGUCCUCCAGGCUGAAGCAUCGGCACCAGAACUCACUCUCAGCGCAGCCCCACGGAACAAAAGGAGACCACGCCGGACUGUGGCCCCUCGCACACUGCCCCCCACAGAGCAGGUUCUAUUGUUUUUAUUGCCUUAGGAAGGAAAGUGGUAACCCUAGUUCUCCAGCCGGAGAGUGUGGAUUUCCUUGUCCUCUGGGCCCCUGUUCUUGCUGGUGAGAGAAUUCUGCCCACAAAAAUAAAAGGCAGGACAUGGUCUAUGGUA